UCUUGCUGUGGUUGUGGGCUUGUGGGCUUGUGGCAAGAGCGAACAAGGUUUUCCUCUCUCCCUCUCCCCCUCCCUCUCUCUCUCUCGGAAUACCGUAUGAUAGGUCUGCUAUUACGGAACGUGUCAUUUUUUUUGUGGUUUUGUUUUUUGUCGUUUUUGUUGUUUUUGUUUUUCGGUUCAUGUUUCAGGGAAGCUUCCUAUUCGUCCUGGACUCUGGAGUCCGUGUCCGUGUCGCUGCUGCUGCUGCUGCAACUUUAUUUUCACUGUGACGAGUCUGGCUUGAGUCUGGCUCGAGUUCAGUCGAGGCCUACGGGCUACGGGCUACGGGCUACUGGCUAUUGGCUACUGGUUACUGUUUUGCUGUCAGUGGUGAUGGUGGGGUCGGUGGUGGCAGUGGUGUCAGUGGUUGUGUCUCGGAAACUGGACGGUGGAUAUGGAUAUGGAUGGGUAUUGUCGACGUGGUUGGUUGGUGGUGUGAGUGAUUGGCAUGAGCGAGCUCUCCCUUCCACCUUCUCGCUGGAUGAUGGAUGGUGGAUCGUGAGCAAAGCUAGAGAUUCGAGCGCCAUGGAUCACCGUGGAUCACCGGUGAUCACUUGUGACAACUUCUACAUAAUGUGGUACACCGGGCAAAGCCUAAAGGUCUGCGCCAUUCUACAGCUUUACGGUAGCAGGUAUAAAGUACUAGUGUACUCGUGUAUAGCACUGUGUGGUACUGUAUUACCGGUAGGUAUAUCAAGGGGAGGGGGAUACCUAGAGUAGAUGCACGUCAAGUUUAAGAAAGGUACUCUGGAGUUGAGUACAUACCACGACCCUCCUCCUCUACUACAUACGGUGCAUACAUACUUGGCCUCCAGGAGAUGGAGGUCUCGCGGGCGGGUGGGGGGAG